UACGGCGGAGUUUGACGUUCAGUGCAGGAAUUGAAAUCACUCACAGUGUUGCCAGCGACCGAACCGACCAGUUCUUGUUUGAACUCCUACGCUCUAGCAGCAAAUUGCCAGUCAAGACCUAAGAAAGGCCUAAGCUAACCGCAAGUUAGUCAAAAAAAUUUAUAAAACACCCCGCACAUACACAAUAAAACAGAAUCAUGUCUGAUGCAUCGAGCGAUAACCCAAUCUACGGACCCUUCUUCGGAGUCAUGGGAGCAGCCUCAGCCAUCAUCUUCAGUGCUCUGGGAGCGGCCUAUGGUACCGCCAAAUCAGGAACAGGUAUUGCUGCCAUGUCAGUGAUGCGACCUGAAUUGAUCAUGAAAUCCAUCAUUCCCGUUGUCAUGGCUGGUAUUAUUGCCAUUUACGGUUUGGUCGUAGCCGUCCUUAUUGCUGGUGCUUUGGGGGAGCCCUCAGAGUACUCACUGUACAAGGGCUUCAUCCAUUUGGGUGCCGGUUUGUCGGUAGGUUUCUCUGGUUUAGCGGCAGGUUUUGCGAUCGGUAUAGUUGGUGAUGCUGGUGUAAGAGGUACAGCACAGCAACCGCGUCUCUUCGUCGGUAUGAUUUUGAUUCUCAUUUUCGCUGAAGUAUUGGGUCUGUACGGUCUUAUUGUUGCCAUUUACUUGUACACAAAAUAAAUUAAUACAAAAAUUACAACCAAAACCAAUCCAACAUCCACAUCAAAUAAAACAACAAAAUGCAAAAAAUCAACCAACCAACCAAACAAUCAUUAAAAUGCAAGAAACAAAACUCAUCAUAGAAAUUUGUAAUUGUAUGAACGCAGCAACAAACAAGUAAAGGAAAACGAGAAGGACCACCAUCAGAAAUAAUAGUAAAGGCAGCUGCCAAACAAAUAUGAAUGCAAUAAUAGCAGCAGAUCUCCCAGAGCCACAAGUAUUGGUUGCAAAAGAGCCAAAGAAAUUUAAAUAAUACACGUGGCUGGUUUAGUAUUGAAAUAUUCAUAACUUCAUCGAAUAAAGGAUGAAGCGAAUAGUUGCAGAAGUUAUAUACAAUUUACAUAAUGUGCAACAUUCAACAUAAUUCAGCAGGACAUGCGUCGGUCGAACACAAAAACUGUUGCGUCUAUAUGUUUGUCUAUACAAUACCCGACUUUAUUCUAUUUAUGUUACGUUACUUUUUGAUUUUUAUUUAUUUUCGGGGAACUAAUACCAUUAUCCAUAACAGCAAAAAUUCAACAAUUUAUAUUUGUAUAUACAUAAAGUAACCAAGUGUUAAACUAAAAUGAAAGAUUGGGUCUAUUUUUUUCGCCGCGAAGAAAUGGAAAACAUAGUAACUACGUAAAUGUUAUAAAUAUUUCAACACUUAAAUCGUUAGCAAUAACAACGAGACUAGUUUACGUCAAAGCGUUAUAGAUCGCUGCCAAUUUUUUCUAAGUUGCUGUGCUUUUUUAAGUGUUUUCUACUCUGAAAAAUUAUUUGUCGCGUUUUUGCGUUUAUAUUUGCAACGAGUUUCUGUUUUGUUUAUGUUUUUUUCUGAAAUUUCCUUUUGUUUUCUUUGUAAUUAUAACUAUAAACUAUUAUAACUAUAAAUAUUUUCAACAACGUUUAUUGUUGUUGUUUAAUGAAAAACUUGCGUAUUUAAAGUAGAAAAGAAAACCACUUCAACCAAAAGCCGUAAAGUUUAAAUGAAAAAUGGGAAAUGAAUCAACCAACAAACAAACUUGUUAAAUAAAAUGUACAUGUAAAUUUAAAUUUAAAAUUUAAAGUAAUUAAAUUUAAAUAAAGCAAGCAAAGAAACAGUAUAAACUUAAAAAAUAUUAAAUAUUUAGUGAGAAACCACCAACAAAGCAACUACAAAGACAACUCAUUCAAUGUAAUAAAAACAACCACCAGCAACAAAGUGAUGAGAGCACGAAUUAAAUAAUUGAAGGCGAACGGGAUAUGGAUACUGGAGUCAGUAGAGUUUGAUCAUGACAGAAAAGCGCACCGAGCCCCAAUUUUUGAUUAUUUCAUUGUUGAACGCAAGCUAUGUUUUCGAAUUUCGAAGAUUUCUCUUUGACCAACUUCCUAACUCGGCGCUUGCGCAUAUCGCAUGUGAACACACACACACACACAUACAUCGAGGAGACGUUUAUCAAAAUCUAUGCGCACACAAGAUGCGUAAACACUACUUCAAGCCUACUUUUAGGCGAUAUAAUAUUUCUUGUCAUAGCUCUCUGCGCUCGACAUAUCGGCUUUGCGGCUCGCUUUGAAAGCUUCUUGUUGCAUUGAUUGAAGGAAAGAUCACAUGUUGAGAACGAACAACGGCUCGUCAAAAUUGCAGCAAUUAAGAACUAUAAAAAUAAACAAAAGACGAACUUUUACAACUAAAAGAAUACAUCUCGGAAAGGGAGCACACACAAAGGAAUGAAUGAAUCAACAUCGAUAUGCCCAAAACCAUCUAAACUCAUGCCAACACAUAAACACACACACACUGUAACUAAGUCCCUAUAUAUGUUUUUAUUUUUAAUUAUUGUUCAAUUUGUAAGAACUAUUAUUAAUAAUAAUAUACUUCUUUUUUUUUUGUGAUAAGCUUAAAAGGAAGUUGAUUAUGAAACAUUUGACAUUUUGAAGCGAAAACAAAACUAAACUAAUGGUAUUUAUAAAUGUGUAAUUAUAUCUAUAAAUACUUAAUAUACAUACACACAUAAUAUAAAGAUAUAUAUAUAUAUAUAUAUAUAUAUAAUUAAUAAUAAUUAUACAUACUAUACAUGUUUAAACGAAAUGGAGGCGCAAAAGCGUAGCGUUUGAAUAAAACACUAAAUUCAGACAAUUGAAGUUGGUACGAUAAAAAACAAAAACGAGGUAUAUGUGCGCAUUGAAAACAAAUAAAAACAUAAAAGCAUAUACACCUCUAAAACACUUCGUACACAUCACGACGACGCCGAUUGCACAAAGAAAGAAAUGAUGUAUUUCAUUCAAAAAGAAGAAAAAUAAUACUUUGUGCAAUUCACUUUACAAUGUCAUCCACAUAUUUCCUCUGUUAUGUAUAGAAAUGCAAAUAAUUAUAUAUAUAUAAAAUUUAAAAAGUAAAUAUUAUGUAAAAUAUGAUUAUCACAUAUAAAACUAACAACAACCAUAUGUCGUAUUUAGUGAAAUUUCGCUGAAGAAGAUAAAAUGUUAAGUAAGCAGUAGUCGAAGUCGAAAAGUAGACGCUAGAGCGUUGAAAGUCGAAGAUGUAGAAAAAAUUAAUUGAGGAAGUAACAAAAACAUAAACAAAUUA